GAAGAGAAAAAAAAAAAAAAAACAGAAGAAAGAAAAAAAGAAAAACAGACGAGGGUUAGGGCUUUCCUUGCUAUAGCAGAGAGAGGGAAGGAGACGCUGAGAGAGAGAGGGGAGGAGACGCUGAGAGAGGGAGAAGGAGACGUUGGGUCAGAGCAGGUGCAAAGAUCUCUACAUAUUGGGUGCAUUCUGGAUAUAUAAAUCUAUGCUUAUUUGAGGUCUCUUGGUAAACUUGGUUGCUAUAUCUGGUUUCCACUGGAAGAGCUGAUGCUACUUUCGGCUUGAGAUUCAUACAUUUAACUGAUGAUUACCUACGAACCAGAUCCUGAUGUUGUUAGGUGGGGUCUGCAUCUUCUUGAUGGUGAUCCAUUUUCCAAUUCUGGGUAUUGUGGAACCACUACCCAACCUGAUGCCAAUUACUGCGAUGGAGAAUAUGACAGAGAAUGUCAAUUUGCAACAGACCGUACUAAUGUAGAGAAUGAUGAGGUUAUAGCAUAUGCUCUUCAGGAAGAACUAUCGCAUCUUGCAGUUGCUGAAGCAUCUGGAUCUUCACAGGUGGGGGAAGAGCAUGUGCAAGCAUCCAUUCUUGCACAGGACUGGCUUGGCCCAUCUACGAUAAAUUAUAGUUCAGGGCAAGAGGGUGGUCAGGAGGACACAGAUGAUAUGGAACCAUCUAGUUCAGGCUCAAGUCCUGGAGAGAAUUCAUAUGAUGGGGAUCAGUGGUCUUUUUCACUGGACUUAAUGGAUGAGCCUUCUGCUCUAGAUGGCGAAGUAGGCAAGAGAUUAAUUCAGAUGGUUCCUGUUCCUCAUGUGCCUAGAAUUAAUGGAGAAAUACCUUCCAUUGAUGAAGCAACUUCAGAUCAUCAAAGGCUUCUAGAAAGGCUGCACAUAUAUGAUUUGGUUGAGCUUAAAGUCCAAGGAGAUGGUAAUUGCCAGUUCCGAGCACUGUCAGAUCAGUUUUAUCGCACUACUGAGCACCACAAGUUUGUGAGACAACAAGUUGUUAAUCAGCUUGAGUCUCAUCCAGAUAUUUACGAGGGAUAUGUUCCCAUGGCUUAUGGUGAUUAUCUGAAGAAGAUCUCGAAGGAUGGUGAAUGGGGUGAUCAUGUCACAUUGCAGGCUGCUGCAGAUUCGUAUGGAGUUAAAAUAUUCGUCAUAACAUCUUUCAAGGACACGUGCUAUAUUGAAAUUCUGCCCAAUAUUCAGAAGUCAGAGCGAGUUAUAUGCUUGAGCUUUUGGGCCGAGGUACAUUACAACUCAAUUUAUCCUGAAGGAGACAUGCCCAUGAUGCUGGAAACUAAGAGGAAGAAAAGGUGGUGGCUCUUUGGACAUAAGCAUUAAGGACUACAUAUGUUUGGGACUGUUUUCCAAGUCUCAGAAGCUGCUUUCUUUUCUUUCUUGAUUUUAUUUUUAUAAUUUGUACAUGGUUGACGGUAUAUGUAUCUUGUUUCUCUCAGGGUUAAUUUUGUGAAACCGAUGACAUCCACCUUUUGUAUGGUGAUGUGAAUCUCAUAAACAUGAAGGCAGCGCAUCCCCCCCCCCCCCCCCCCCAAUUCUUUCAACUUCAACAAUACAUAUGUACGUUGUAAUGCAUGCACGCAUGCUCAUGCUUGUGUAUUUUUGCAUUUUACUUUACUAUCAUAAAUGCAAUGAUAAAAAAUAAAAAGAAAUGAUGCAUGCAAGGCUCUGAACAUCUAUUAUAUUUUGGUUA